CCUUCAGGAAAAGCAAUCGAGAGUGGCUCACUCGAGCAGCCUGUAAGAAGACGAGGAAGAUGGCAUCCACCGAGCAACCUGAUCCACCAACACAGCCUGGCCUCCCGCUUGGAGAUGAUACGGCGGCCCCCCCCAGAGAAGCACUGAUUACCACCGCUGUCAAAUUUCUCCAGAACCCAAAAGUACAUCAGAGUCCCUUGGCCACUAGAAAAGCCUUCUUAACGAAAAAAGGGCUCACGGCUGUGGAGGUAGAGUUGGCCAUCCAGCGCUCUGGAAGUACUGAAGAAGUCCUGGCUCUGAUCCCUGUGGGGCCCCCACAUCCACACCAUGCCACUCAGCUGGCUCUUGCACCACAUAGUCCCACAGUCUACAGAUGGAGAGACUAUGGUGCCCUCACCAUCAUUAUGGUUGGCAUCGCCUUUGGCUUUCAUCAGCUUUACAAAAAAUACAUCCUUCCCCUCAUUAUGGGCCGCCGAGAGGACAAGAAGCAUCUGCAGAGGAUGGAGAGCAACAUUGCGGCAAUGAGUGGCACGCUGACACAGACAGUGAGCCAGCUGCAGCAGACUCUGGUCUCCGUCCAGGAGCUCCUGAUCCAGCAGCAGCAGAAAAUCCAGGAGCUUUCUCAAGAGCUGACUUCAUCACAGACCUCGUCUUCAACACACCGUGUCCUGGACAACCAAACCGUUGGAGAGCUGAAGGCCGAGAUCGUCUCUUUGAAGGGCUUACUGCUCAGCAGGAAACAAUUCCCUUCCACUCCCACUAUACCUAAAAUCCCCUCCUGGCAGAUUCCUCUGAAGCCUCCAUCGGUACCCGGCUCUCCGCCAGUCAGCCACACCACCAGCAGCAGCGACAUCUCCCCCGUCAGUAACGAGUCCGCCAACUCGUCCCCAAUCAAAGAUGGACCCCACAGCUCCCAGGAUGCAAUGGGAGAGCCUGAUGUAGUUCAUGUUAUCAAUGGAGACAACGGCACCGCUGCAACGAUGCUCCUUGACCUGAAGGACCAGGUCCGCAUGGAGGUGCAGGGGGAGGAGGAGAAGGAGGAAGAGGAGCAGGUGGUCAGCCACGUAGAGGAGGAAGAGGAAGAAGAGAAAGACGACGACGGUGUAAGCAUGCACUCAGUGGACCGGCGUGGGGAUGGACAGAUGAAUGAACAGGUGGACAAACUGAGGCGCCCCGAGGGUGCCAGCACUGAAAGCGAGCUAACAAGAAGAGUCCCUGAGUGAGAAGAAGGGAUAUCAGCUCUGGUGCCAUUUCCACAUCCGUCACAUGGCCUAUAGGAACACAGAGAGGUAGAGGGGCUCUGCACGUAUCCGUGUGACACCCAUCCUGACUUUCAAGUGAUGUUGUUUGAGUUUCUGUUAAACUCUUGAAUGAUGAGACGAUGUAAACUAUAUAUUUUAAUUCAGAAGAGAUGACUAUGUAUGGAUGAAUAAGGUUGGCUAAAAGAAGCACUCAAUCAAGAAAUGUAACGUUUGCUUUUAGCCCCUGUAGAACCUGUGAUUGGUCCUCUCUGUAACUGAUCACUGUCUGGAUGUCAGCCACAGGUGUACAUAUGUGAAAUAAAUCUGCUUAACUCAA